ACACAUGAAUGGCAAAAGUGACGUCAUUUGCCCGUGGCGAAGUGACGUUUCAGAUAUCUGGCAUUCCGGGUUCACGAGGCAGAAUUUAAUUCCAGAUAUCUCUAAUUUGCUUCGUCACACUUGUGUUCGGGAUAUCUUGAAUGGAAACUCGAUUGAAAAUUAAAAAUGCUACGUCACCACGUUGUCGGCAUUCCUCGACCAAUCGCAUUUUGACGUUCACGGUUACGCCGCUUCCGUGUUGUGUCGUCAGGUUUUGUUUUGCUAACGCCGGUGGAUAAACACCACUGCCACGUAUUUCGGGAAAUAUAACGUUCUCUUUGCUGCGUAUUGCGUUUCAGUUUGUCUCAUUUUCACAUACCCCCACCCAACUUGUUAUUUUUUUCUCGGUUAUGUGUCCUCAUGAAUAAGCUAGUCUGCUCAUGCUAAGUUCUCACGUCAAAUUAAGAUAUCAAGCUAACAAGGCAGGCCAACGAGUAAACGUGAAUUGUUGCUGUCGUCACAUUUAAGUCGAUUUAUCAUGCAAAAUGGGUUAAUUGCAGAAGAUGCGGAACGAUCUUUGAGUAAAUUUUUGUGAGUCUUGUCGGGAGCUAGCUAGCUUUAGCAGAACAUCGUGCACGUUCACGCUUGCACAAUUUAACGAAACGACAGGAGGUUGGAUGUUUGUGGACAAAGUCAAGCUAUGAUGGUGCUCCGGCGUCUCCUGAGGAAGCGCUGGGUGCUGGGAGUCGUCUUCGGGCUGUCGCUUAUCUACUUCCUCACCAGCACGCUGAAACAGGAGGAGCGAACCACUCGGGACCGCGCCCUUCUGGAGGUGAGGGACAUGGAGCGUCGCAUCCCCUGGAAGUUGCGCUUUAACCUGGGCAACAGCAGCCGACAGAUGGGCCAUUGUCGUAACUCCAUUCAGGGCAAAACGCUGCUCACCGAUGAGCUGGGUUACGUGUGCGAGCGCAAAGACUUGCUGGUGAACGGCUGCUGCAAUGUCAAUGCGCCUCGCAGCAGGCAACAUGUCUGCAAAAGCUGCCUGCCCAACGGUUGCUGCAGCGUUUACGAAUACUGUGUGUCUUGUUGCCUCCGGCCAGAUAAGCAAGCUCACCUGGAGCGCUUCCUGAACCGCGCCGCCGAAGGCUUCCAGAACCUCUUCACCGCCGUGGAGGACCUCUUUGAGCUGUGCCUGGCCAAGUGUCGCACCUCCUCGCAAAGUGUCCAGCACGAGAACACAUACCGGAACCCUCAAGCCAAGCACUGCUACGGCGAAAGUCCUCCAGAGCUCCUUCCCAUCUGAACGCUGUCUCCGACCACAAGAAAGACUUUUUUGCUGCCUUUUUACCCUUAAAGCACACGAACAACGAAUCCACGGUUUACACUUGAGAAGCGCAUUCGGCUGUGAUGUGACAGUCGUCAGUUCCAAGGCAGGCGACUCCCGUUUGUUCAGGGCCACAGUGAUAUUGUCACACUGUGACCUCCGCCAAGGAUGUGGCAGGCAGGUUACGGAUUGAUCAAAGUUAGUUUGUAGUUGU